CGCAGCACAUGGGAAGCAAAAGUUUUCCUCCUCCUCCUCCUCCUCUUCCUCCUGCUGCUGCUGCUCCCGCUGCUGCUGCUCGGUGCCCUCCGCCCGCAGCCCCCCGGGCCGCCCCCCGAGGAUGCUCGGGCUCCGCUCGGAUGUCCCGCCGGCCGGCGGGGCGUAGGGCCCGGCAGGAGCCGCUCCGGGGCCGCGGGGAGCGGGGCCGAGCCGCCGCCCGCAUCUUCCGCAGCGAUCCGCGGGGCGGAGGAGCGGCCGGGCCACAGUAACCGGAUGGUUUAGCAGCGCCGGGGCUGCGCCGCGCCGGGCUCCGGGCCCGCCAUGGGCACCGGGAUGUGCUCCCGCAGGCAGAAGGGGCUGCUGCAGAGCGCCUUCUGCCUGCUGGCCCUGGCCUGCCUGGCCGCCGGGGCUUUCCUCUACAACCACUUGCAGCAGAAGGUGCGGAGCGCCGAGGCGCUGGCGCAGAAAUACAAACAGCAGCAGGAAGCGCUGUCAGCCCAGCUGCAAGUGGUGUACGAGCACCGCGCCCGCCUGGAGCGCGCCCUGCAGAAGGAGAGGGCCGAGCACAAGAAGACCAAGGAAGACUUCCUGGUGUACAAGCUGGAGGCGCAGGAGGCUCUCAACAAGGAGAAGCAAGACUCCAUGAACAGAUACGGGGCCCUCAGCUCCCAGCACAAGAUCCUGAAGAACCAGCACGACGACGUCAAGAAGCAGCUGCUGGAGCUGCAGCUGCAGCACAACAGCCUCAGGCUGGAGCACAGGAGGAGCCUGGAGAGCCACAGCCAGAAAGUGGCGCAGCUGCAGCAGGAGAAGGACAGCGAGGUCACCAGCCUGCAGGACACGGUGUAUAAACUCAGAGAAGAGAGCAAGCUCCUCAGGAAAGCCCACCAGGAGGUUCACUCCCAGCUCCUCGGUGCCCAGGCCCAGAUGGAGGAGUUCAGGCAGCUCAAGGAAGCUCUCCAGAAGAUGCCAGGCCUGAGAGGAGGAGGAGGAGGAGGAGGAGGAGGAGGAGGAGGAAGAGGAGGAGGAGGAGGAGGAGGAGGGAAGGGGCAGCAGCCCCCGGUGCCAGCCAGCAGCCAGCUGCAGCCAGGGAGGCAGGAGGAUGUGAAGAUGCUGAUGCACAUCCAGGUGAGGAGCCACGAGCAGAGCCCAGCUCCUGCAGGACAACCCUCCCCAGCAGGAGAUGCCCCCGUGCCAGGCAGGCAGCAGGCAGCGGGCAGCAGAGGGGUGCCACUGCACAGCUGGCACAGCCCGCCGGGCACCCCCCGGGCCCCGCAGGCACCGCCGGGCACUGCCCGGGCUGGGCACGGGGGCAGCCCCGGCCCCGGGAGAGCGCAGCCGGCGCGGGAGGACGAGGAGGAGCUGCAAAUGGAUGCAGGAGUCAUCGGCAGGGAGGUGCAGUCCCAGAAAGAGCCCGUGCUCCAGGAGCCCAUGCUGCCGGAUGAUGCUGCAGAUCCUGCCCAGGACCCCAACAACCAGGGCGAGGAUGAGUUUGAGGAGGCUGAGCUGGAGAGACCUGACUUUGAGGAGAAGGUGGGAGCCUCAGAGAAGUUCAAGGAGCCCAGCGUUAAAGAAGAGUGGAAGGAGAAGCCACCAAAGGAUGCUGGCAGAGCUGCCAAGGCCAGGGAGGAGCCACUGGAGGAUUACCAAGAAGAUCAGGAGCAGGAAAUUGUACGACACCAAGGAGGAUCAUGGAGGGGAGGCGGAUGACAACGAUGACCUGGAGCUUGGCCAGGAGCAGAAGGACCGUGUGGGCAGGCAAGGAGCUGCUGGCAAGAAGGAUGACUACUUCUGAGAGCUGCUGAAAAAACGGGAUGCUCCAGGAACGUGGGGAUGGGAGCUCCUCUGGGAGCUGCCUCCUGAGUGAAACAGUGCCCAGAGCAAAGGCAGGAGGAGGGAGCUCUCUGCAGGCCCUGGCAGGGGGUGUGCAGAUGAAAAUCCCACCAGUGUGGGGCCCCUGCUGCCUCUCGGAGAUCUCUCAGACUGGGAGUGAUCUUAUCCUGCUGCUUUUCUUAAAGCACUUUUGAUUUACUGUGUUCUUCGCCCUCUUGCUUUUCACACUCCCUUUGGAAGCUGGAGAGGGUUUUUUUGGCUGGUUUUGGGGGUGUUUUUUACCCCCCUGGGCAGCAGAGGGCCCUGGACUCACUCGACUGGUCUCUAAUACAAAGGAAUCUGCCUUGAUAAAUAAUUUUGUGUUUCUUUAACACACUCUGAGUCGGGCGGGGAGGGAAGCAGAGGAAAUGUCCUGUUCUUUGCCUGGAGCUGUGCAGGAGCACCAAGCACAGCCAGCAGAGUGUGGUGUGAACUCCUGCAGCCCCUUCCUGCUGCAGAGACCCUCCAGAGCCAGGAGCAGAUCCUUGCAGAGCCCUCCUUGGGCUGGGACAGUCCUGCUGGCCCCUGGAAUGCUGGGGCUCUUCCCUGCUGGAGCUCAGGGCUGCCCUGAGCUCAGAGAGGCUCCUCCCCACGGGGACAGGGACAGCCACAGCAAGAAACAGGGAAAAAAGGAAUAUUUGCAGCCCAACUAAUGCAGUUUCAAGCUGUUUGGAUUGUUGCCAGUCUCCCAACAGGAGCUAAGGUAAAUUUUGUCUCUUCUGGACAGGUUUUGAUCAGCAAGCUGGGUGUUGUUGAUGGAGUAGAUUGAAUCCUGUGGGACUUUACCUGGCCUCCAAAAGACAUCUUACCUGACCUCAGGGACAAAAAGGAACAGUCAGCUGGAACCCCUGGAAAUUAAAAUGAAAGGAUAAUGAGUUUAAUCACAAUAACUCAAAGCCCAGAACCUGUUUUAAGUGAUAAGAACAGGGCAGAGCUGUCCCACUCCCUGUGCCUGAGCUGUGUCACCAGACUCUGGGACCUCAAACACAGCUUGUGCCUGAAUCUCAUCACCUGCUAAAAAAUCAGAGCAUCUUUGUUCUCUGUUUGAAUUAGUUGAGCUCUUUGCAAUCCCUUGUUUGUGGCAUAUUUUGCAAGCACUUUUAGACACUGGGGAAAACAAUAUUUAAUUCCCAACAAGCUCAGCCUUUUUCAUUCUGACAGCAUUAUUUUUUUUUCUUCCACUGGUUGUAACAGAGCUUGAAAUUUACAUUUCAUAGGAGUUUUUGGUUCUUUAUUUUCAUUCUGCUUGUGUUUCUUACCAGUACAAUCAGCUGUGCAAAUCCAGCUCUGGCAUAGAAUCGAGCAGAGUAAGGAAAGGGACAAUUUUAGGGAAUUAUCUUUUAGCCAAGUGCCAGAGCUGCUCCUGGAGCCCAGAGAGGAGCUCACGACAGAACCCCAGUGGGGUUUUAGGUACCCAAAAUGCCCUGAGAUGGUUCAGGCUGCGUUGGUGCCUUGCCAGCCCUGUCAUGCAGCUCCUCUGUGAACAGCUCACCCACAGCAGAGCAGCUGAGGCUGCAGUUCCUUUUGCAGAGCAUCCUGAGCAAAUCCUCCCUGUCCCAGGGCAGAGCAGCCCCCUGACCCCCCAGCACGGCCAAAGCUCUGUGCCCAAGCUGCCCCAGUUGGGUUCUGUGCUUCCUUUUCUGCCUUCUGGGAUUGAAGGUGAUGGUUCACACUCAGAUCCGGGUGUUUAUUGUUUCUUUUAUCAAUGCUACAGUCUCACAGCAGUGACUGUAACACUCUGCAGUAUUUCAUUAACAAGGCACAAAAUGGCCAAACAAUCUCUUGUUGCAAGGUCUUUUAAGGCUAAACUAUCCAAUUAAGAAAUUACACCUAAAUUGUUGUUACUUUUAACCCAAUAACCAACACCCCGUGCCCACAAUGUGGAGUUUUUAUCCAAUUACACAAAACCUCCCAAUCCCAUGGAGAAGAAGGAAGAAGGUAAAGAAAACAGCCAGACUCUGCCCUAAAACCUCCAUCUUCCUUCAUAUUUAUUUCUGUAUUCUAAAACCCCAAACUCUGAGUUUUCCACCCGUGACAUUACACACUUCUGACCAACUCCACACCCACAAUCCCAGUGCUAUCAAUCAAUUUUGGAAGCCUCUCCACAGCCCCAGGUCAGUGCAGUGUUCUCCUGGGGGCCAGAGCCUUUCAGCACAGAAAGUUUAAAAUUUCAGCAGCCAAAGUUCCAUCACCCAGCUGUGUUCAGCUCGGCUCUGCCUCCCUGGCACUUCAGCCCUGACUGGGAGUGAAUCAGGCACUGGAAACAGAAGCCCAGUGGGGCUGAGGCUGCUCAGGGAUUCAGGCUGCAGGAUAAUCUAAAUUAGGAGGCAGAUUCUCUGUGUUUGCACGUCCAGGGUGAGUAAUCCUCAAAGUUAUGACUUGGAGGGAACUGCAGCAACUCAACUGAGUGCAAAGCUCGCAGCUUGGAGGAUGCUUUAGGAACCAUAUGUCAUGUGCUGCCCUCAGCUGAGAGCAAACAGCUCUGCCCUGGGGACUGUCUGCCCCGGCCACAUUGAGACUAAAAUUAGCAGAGUGUUGCAUAAAUUGUGAGCUGUAGCUUGGCAGUGCUUCACAGCGAGUUCUGAUACUCCUUCACUGUUUCCUUGAGGAGAGACAAUAAAGGCAGGGGAGGAGAAGCAGAAAAGCCAAAGCCCCGUGGUGCUGGGUGUGGCUGGAGGCUGUGAAGCAAUCUGGGACGCUGCUGGGCUUCACAGCUCACACAGAUCACAGGGCUCGGCCUGAGCAGCGGAAUGAUGAAGCAAUGCCAUAAAAAAAGCCCAGGCUGGGUUUUACUGCUCAGGACAAGGUCUCAGGAAACAGAUGGAUUGAUAAGAGAGCAAACAAUGAGAUAAAGGAUUCACAGGGAGCCAGCACGGCCAGCCUGACCAAGCCAAAGCAGGGGCUCUGCUUGGAUCUGCCAUAAACAAUUGGGUUUGUGCUCAGCCACGGUGCAAGGCCAAAAAUAGUGCAGAAGGUGAAGUUAACCUGUAGCAUUAUCAUUCUUUUGGUGGGUUCAGGGCCUUCACUGCUGUGCCAACCAUUUUCCCUCCCUGCACCACACUGCAGACCCUUGGAUCUCCCAGCAGAACUCAGGGUGAGCUGUCCAUCACAAAUUGUUCAUCACAAGUUGUCCAUCACAAAUUGAUAAGCUCAAGUUGUCCAUCACAAAUUGUUCAUCACAAGCUGUCCAUCACAAAUUGAUAAUCACAAGUUGUCCAUCACAAAUUGAUAAUCACAAGUUGUCCAUCACAAAUUGAUAAUCUCAAGUUGUCCAUCACAAAUUGUCCAUCACAAAUUCAUAAUCUCAAGUUGUCCCCCAUAAGUUGUCCGCCACAAAUUGUCCAUCACGAGUUGUCCAUCACAAGUUGUCCACCACAAGUUGUCCAUCACAAGUUGUCCACCACAAAUUGUCCAUCACAAGUUGUCCACCACAAAUUGUCCAUCACAAGUUGUCCAUCACAAGUUGUCCAUCACAAAUUGAUAAUCUCAAGUUAUCCAUCACAAGUUUUCCACCACAAGUUGUUCAUCACAAGUUGUCCAUCACAAAUUGUCCAUCACAAGUUGUCCAUCACAAGUUGUCCAUCACAAAUUGAUAAUCUCAAGUUGUCCAUCACAAGCUGGCCACCACAAAUUGUCCACCACAAACUGUCCAUCACAAAUUGUCCAUCACAAGUUGCCCAUCUCAAGUUGUCCAUCACAAAUUGUCCAUCACGAGUUGUCCAUCACAAGUUGCCCAUCUCAAGUUGUUCAUCUCAAGUUGUCCAUCACAAGCUGUCCAUCACAAAUUGUCCAUCACAAGUUGCCCAUCUCAAGUUGUUCAUCUCAAGUUGUCCAUCACAAGCUGUCCAUCACAAGUUGUCCACCACAAAUUGUCCAUCACAAGCUGUCCAUCACAAGCUGUCCAUCACAAGCUGUCCAUCACCAGCAGCCACAGAGGCUGGUGCCAGAUCUCCUCCCUGGACAGCUCUGGGAACAAUCACCUCUGUCAGGAGAAGGGCACAAGGUUUGAAGGAGUCAAAAUUUGCUCGCUCUGGCUCCAGCCCCUGGCUGACCACGCUCCCAUUUCUCAGGAAGGGCUGUCAGAGCUCCAGGUUUUGCAUCCUGGCUGGAACUCCACGUGUAAAUUUGCCAAGAAGUGCCUUGAGCAGCACAGCACCUCUUCCUGCUCCAAUCUCUGAGUGGUUUCCAAGCCAUAACUGCACCCUCAGCAUCCUUUUCUAUGCUGAUCCUAUUUUUUUAUUGAUCCCUCUUGGUAUCAAAAGAGAUUCCUGGCAACUUUCCAUAGGCUUGCAGACACCCCCAUUCAAUCUGGUGAAAAAUUAGAUGUGGAAAUAACUUGAUAUUGGUAAAUUAAAGAUUUCCUCAGGAAAUUCCUCCACUUGAAAAAUUCAGUGUAAAUGGAAAAAUCCAUUUUUCUUUCCAAGAGGAAAAGGUGUCCUGAUGUCAGACCAUUCAUGCUCAAUGCAUCAGAAAGCAAAUUUAUUUAAACAAAUUCCACACUGCUGCAAAUUGCACUUUGUGUAUAUGCAAGCAUCACCUUCUGGGUAUGAUUUGGGUUUGGUUUUGUUCAGGCUAUGAAAUAAAAAUAGGCCUGGGGAUCUUAUUUUUGUUGUGUUUUCAAGUUACAUAAUUCAAAUGUUGUUUUUAAAGAAAACACACAGGAAGCUGCAAUGUGUUUCUAAAUAGGUGACACAGUGAAGAACUACAGCAAUGUGUUCAGGCACAUUUCUGAGGGUUUUAACAAAAUAAUGUGUUAAUUAUUCUAUUUUACAAGCUAAAUAUAGACAAAUGCUUAUGUCUUGCUAUAAAAUCUGGAACACAUCUUUAUGUAAAACCUGAUCAAAACCAAAAAGAAAUGUUGCCUUUUUUUCCCUGCCACUCAGAAAAGCACUUAAAGCAACUUUUACCAAUUUAACAGCUCGAAGAACCUCCUCACACUGUUUAAUCCUGUAUUUUUAUUAUUGUUUCACUAGAGCUCUUUUCUUUCCCUGUUUAGACAAGUCAAUACUCUCGUGUGCCUCUCUCAAGGUCGUUCAGAGAACAUUAAUUACGGUGUAAAGCUGGGAUGGAGCACUGCUGUCUCCUCCUGUGCUGCAAAAAUCCACUGCUGGCUCCAGCCCCAGGGGUAGGUGAAGGGCUGGCCCUGCUGCAGGGGGAGGAAAGGAAGGAGAAUUUGGGGCAAGGCAAGAAGAGGAAUUUGGGGCAAGGCAGGGAGAGGAACCUCCUCGUCCCUUCUGUCCCAGGGCGUGCCCUAAGACCCGGAGUUAUCCCUGCUCUCAGCUGAGCUCCUGGGAGGGUCUCGUGUCUUUCUUACAUCCUCGCCGAGUUUAUUUAAAUUCCCAGAGCCAGGAGGUUGGAGCAGCCUGGGUGUGCAGUUAUCGCCGUGUUAAAAAUAAAAUUAAAUUAAAUUAAA